CACCAGAGACUGGGAAUCUAUGCUAGACUGCUAUGAAUACAGGAGGUUUGCCCAUCUUGUGCUUGUCAGACUCCUACCAUUAUACACGUCUCAGAUUCUGUAUAACUCGAUAGAGUCAGUUGCUGCCUCGCAACACAAAGCCAUCAUGAUUGGACUCACCGUUGAAGCAAGAGAUGAUCGCGGAAUGUUCUCCCAUGAUCACAGGACGCACAUUCGCAUCAAGUCAUCAAGUCAGCAACAGCAUCGGCCUUCCUUACCGCAAGGAUACGCAAAGCACCAUAUUGUAUACCUGGACAGUAUACAUAUGCCGCUCGCACAAUUCGACUUUGACCACACGCUUGAAGUCCAUCACAGUACACCUGCAAAUCUGGUCGCCGAGCGCAUACGAACAGCGACUAUCGUUGUAUCAGUUCUCACACCUGUGGGAGCAUCGGAUCUAGAUCAAGCGCCCAACGUGCGACUGAUCGCCGCGCUAUGCAGCGGAUGCUCUUGGAUCGAUAAGCCUUACUGUCAACGUCGUGGAAUUGAUGUUGUGCACGUACCUCAUGCAAGCAUUGAAGCAGUUGGAGAACAUUUCCUCGGACUUUACUUCGCCUGUCGAAGGCGAAUUCCUGCGGUCAAUCAGUGUGUAAAGGAUACUCAAACCUGGAAGAUGAAGAAAACGUUGACCAAACAUUUCUGGACCGACGGUCCUCCGCUGAGUUGCAAACAAGAGACCUUGGGCAUCAUAGGGUACGGCCGCCUCGGACAGAGAAUUGAAGAUCUUUGCAGAAAUGUGGGCUUCGAGAAAGUGCUUGUAGCAGAGCGAAAGGAUGCCAAGACAGUCAGAGAAGGCCGCCUGCGCUUCGAGCAAGUGCUUGAGCAGAGCACUGUGCUCGCUAUUGCUUGUUCAUUGACGGAUGAAGCAUGCGACAUGAUACACGAACCCGAGUUGAAGCGUAUGCGGAAGGACGCAAUUAUUGUUAAUAUCGCCAGAGGUGGCAUCAUUAACGAAGCUGCUUUGGCCACCGCACUGAAAGAAGGCUGGAUAUACGGGGCCGCCCUGGAUGUUCUCCAAAAUGAACCCGCAGGACCUGGAAGUAGUCCACUUUUGCCGAGAACAGAGCAUGGCGAGGCGGAGGUUCCAAACCUCGUUUUCACAGCACAUCUUGCUUGGUUCGCUGGAUCCACAAUGCAGGCUAUGCAAGAAUGCAAUCGCGACGGCAUUGCUGCAUUCAUCGAAGAUCGGAUGACAGAUCCAUCAAUUCAAUCCAGUGUCAUCGUGCACAAUGGCAGGAUCUGGAAGUAGCGGUCCUGUGAGCAUGCCCAAUCACGCCAUUAUCUUCCUGACUCUCAUCCUCGCCUCGGGAUGGAGUAUCAUCAUAGACUCGAUCUCCAAGGUCAUAGGGUGGUCCUCAGAUGGGUCGAGCUGCCAAUCGUAAUGAAGUACCAAAUACGCGAGCAGCAUCUUCAUAAUGUCUGCUGCAAGAAAUCUCCCUACAAGAGAUGAGUGUUCAAAGGCUUGUGGCAUUCUCUCAGUAAAGGGAGCGGCUCACCAGGACAUGUUCGCAACCCGAAACCUGAAACGCAGAUCGUCAGCCAACCACUCAAGGCCGAUUUACACGGCGUGGUAACUCACCGAAUCCCAAAUGCUCCACACUGGUUGCUACAAAGCUCGGCUUGGGGAGUGCAGGCUGUUGAGGCUUCGC